AUGAGCUCCUCCGCCAACUCACCUAUUACUCCCCACCAGCCCGCAAAGGAAACCCGGAAACUGGCUUGCCGCCUUUGUCAGAAGCGCAAAAAGAAGUGCAACCGGAAAAGCCCAUGCUCAAUGUGCAUCAAGCUCAAGGUCGUUUGUCAGCCAAGCGCACCCGCCGCUCCGCGAAAAAGAAGGCAAUCAACAAAGGAUCUGUUUGCCCGCCUGGCCUGGUGCGAGGAGCAGCUGCGGCGAAACCUCGAGUGCCGGCAGUGUCUCGAGUGCAGUAAUACGUCGUCGUCGGCGGCGGAAAGCUCGACGGCGGAAAUUGCAAAGAGGCUUUCAGAGAUCAAAUCUGAUCCGAGCAUAUCGUCUGCGUCUGUCUCUUAUUCUCCUUCCUCUUCAUUAUCUCCACAUUCAACAUUAUCACCGCCAUCAUCAUCUUCUUCAUGA